UGGGACGUGGGCGAAUUCUAGCUCUCCCAAUCGCUGCGCGGCGCUGGAAAUUCAAACUGACGGUUUGAAAAGCAGAGAGAGCGGAAGAAGGGGGCAAAAAACGACGUGUUAAGUGACAGAGAUACCGACGCCGACUGAGCCCCCCAAAAGCGACCUCCGCCCCGCCCCACCACCUCCACCGCACGUUCUCGAGCGGCCGCUCCGGGAGAGACCUGCGGGGAAGGCUGGGGGCACGAGGGAGAACCGGGGGGAGGGGGACGCGAGAGCCGGCACUCGGAAGGCUGAGGGCUGCCGGGAGAUAAGUGUAGCGGGAUCCGACGAAGGAGCGGAGCCGAGAAGGGUCGCGGGAGGACUGAAGAGAAGCAGGGAUCGUCCCGGUGGGAAGAGCUCGGGACGAGCUCGGAAUCCUGGGGAGAGGAGAAAGAUUUCCAAAAAGGAGGCGUGGGUAGGGAGAUUUAGUCUGCGAUCCGACAGAAACAAAUGCCAGUUCUCCGAGGGAGGGGCUUACGAAAGAAGUUUUAAAAGAGAUUUUACUGGAUACGCUUAGGGAAUUGCUAAAGGGGCGGGAGUUAGAGUAGAUGGGAGGGAGGGAAAACGGUAGAGAGGCUUCCGAAGCUAGUUGCAGACUGGCCCUCCCCAUCUCAAUCUCCACUCCCUUCCCGGAGAGUUAAAGGGAAAGCCAGAAUUACUGCUGCUCUCCUGCUCCUGCUCAGUUAAUAUUACUAUUACCCUUCCAGGGGCAAACAGAAAAGAACUCCUUUCCUUCCCAAUUUCAGGGCUUAGAAAAGCUUGGGGCUUCGCAAGUGUAUUUUUAGCCUGGGGAAUCAAAUUAGGAGGGGUCUCGCCCUCGUUUCCAUUUUCAAAAUCCCACCCCUCAUCCUUCCUGGGACACCAUGUCUACCAGCAGUUGUAGUUUCAAGGACCGGUACGUGUCCAUCCUGUAUUGCAAGUUCUGUAAACAAGCGCUCAGCUCUAGGGGAAUGAAGGCUGUUUUGCUGGCUGAUACUGAAAUAGACCUUUUCUCUACAGACAUCCCUCCUACCAACACAGUGGACUUAAUUGGAAGAUGCUAUUUUACUGAAAUCUGCAAAUGUAAACUGAAGGACAUCGCGUGUUUAAAAUGUGGGAACAUUGUAGGUUAUCACGUGAUUGUUCCAUGUUGUUCCUGCCUGCUUUCCUGUAACAACGGACACUUCUGGAUGUUUCACAGCCAGGCAGUUUAUAGUAUUAACAGACUAGACUCUACCGGCGUUAACUUCCUACUUUGGGGCAACUUGCCAGAGAUAGAAGAGAGCACGGAUGAAGAUGUGUUCGAUAUCUCAGCAGAGGAGUGUAUUAGAUGAAUAGAAUUAUGACAGACAAAAUAGUCAAACGUUUUACUAUUUAAAAUAUGUCUUAAUGGAUCAACUUUAAAAUUGUUAGUAAGGAUUUUCCAGUGAUUUCUUUUUUUGGAAAACAAAAAUUGGUCAUUUGUUGAUUUAUUUAUUUGCUGUCUUAAAUUAAUUACCUGAGUUUAAUCUGAGCCAAUGUAGUUCUUUUCUUCUAUUAUACUUCUUCUUCCUCUUUCUAUUCCUCUACCCAAUAACAGGUGUAUUCUUACAUUUAGAUAGGAGACAAUCUUUUUUCACAUGUCACUCAGCUACCUCCCAAUGUAGGGAAGUUUUUCUUAAACUAGUUGCCAGGUACCAUUAUUUUACAUUCCUGAAUAAGGGGCAUUAGUACCCACACAUAAGUUCAUGCAUAUAACCAUGCAUAUAUAUGUGAUGCUCAACCUGGAAUUAAAGCUUAACAGAGAAUUUUAAAAAACAAGCUAAUAAGUUUCCAUAGGUACUAGUUAUCAUAUGUUAUUUUGGUGAUAACUACUUUAAUAUGGAACAAUACUUUGUGAGUCAAGAAAUAUAAUGAAUUUUUAAAUGUAUGGAGGAAUCAUCCUCUUGAUUCUUCAAUAUGUUAAAUAAAUGAAUUUAUCAGAAAAUUAUCAAUAUAUACUGUUUACCAAUAUUAUUUAUUUACCUUCUAAAAUCAUAUGGAUAUUGUAUUAUGAAAGCCAGAGAAACUGAACCUCUGCCUUUGUUCUUCUCUAGGGCUUUCUCUGUAAAUAGCAAAUUUUAGAUGAGUAGUCUCAGUCCCAACCAUUAAAUAGGAAAAAAAAAAACCCAGAAGCUAGAGAGGUGGUUUGUUUAAGCCAUUGUACAUUGUAAAGAGAAUUUGUUCUUUUUUAAGCUGUACUCGGAACCACACAGAAACAGGAAGCAGGGGAUAGGGUGAGAUUCUGGUUUUAUGUAUAGCUAAAAUCAAUGUAUCGCCUCAGCUAAUGUCUCUGCCAUAGACAUUUUGUCAACAGUGAUACUGAAACAGACUGAGUUGCAGUUUUGUAAAUAAAGUUUUAUCCUGAAAAUGA